ACCGUUAUUCCAUUGCAGCAGCGCAUGCGCAUCUCCUCUCAUCCUCCCGCUUCGCUCCGUCAACCGUCCCGGUCGUGGUGCUCCUCCGACGCUUCUCUGGUUUGCCUCCUCAAUCCCGGUUCUGUUCUUCUCUCGAAGGUCUAAGCUGUUGACAAUCUCACUUCUCCUGGCGUCGUCGCCUCUCUCUCUCUCUCUCUCUGCGAAAGGGAAAAAAGUGGUUGACUCUAUUCUUACUGAUUAAGACUGGCUUUUGCUUGGAUAGUGAUUUAGCGGGCAUACUUGUUUGUAGCUGACUGUGCAACCAAUUAGGCGAGUAGGAGCAAGCACUGCAACCAUCUCCUGUGUAUUGUACAACACUUCCCAUGUCUUCUGCCAAGGAGCUUCGUGAAGUGAAAAUGAAGAAGUCAGACAAGAAGCGUAAGAAGAGACCAGAUCCUGACCAAGAGGAGGCCAACGCCAUUAAUAACGAAGCUGGCGGGCUUCCAUCAGAAGAACAGAAAGUAGAUAAGAACGAGGAUAAAUCCUCCAAUGGCUCCAAUGUGAAGCAGGAGACCCAUGUGGAGAGCAAUGGAGAUGAUGUUGCAGAAGGCGUGGAGGGGUUAACUACUUAUGCUAAGAAGAAGAAUAACAAAAGUCAUGGGAUCUUGACUGCUGAGCCUUUCUCCAGGCUCCCACUUUCUGAGCACACAAUGAAGGCCAUCCAAGAGAUGGGUUUCGAACACAUGACACAGAUUCAAUCCAGAGCUAUCCCACCUCUCUUGGCCGGAAAGGAGGUGAUGGGUGCAGCUAGAACUGGUUCCGGAAAAACUCUUGCUUUCUUGAUACCUGCAAUUGAAUUGCUGCGUAAUAUUGGUUUUAUGCCUAGGAAUGGAACUGGUGUCAUCAUUAUCUGUCCAACCAGGGAGCUUGCAAUUCAAACACAUGCUGUAGCGAAGGACCUUUUACAGUACCAUUCUCAAACCCUUGGCUUGGUUAUAGGCGGAGCGGGGAGAAGAGGUGAAGCUGAGCACCUUUAUAAGGGAGUAAAUUUGUUGGUGGCUACACCAGGAAGACUUUUGGAUCACCUCCAAAACACAAAAGGGUUUAUCUACAAAAGUUUAGCGUUUCUUAUAAUUGAUGAAGCAGAUCGAAUAUUGGAGGCUAACUUUGAGGAAGAUAUGAAGCAGAUAUUUAAGCGUUUACCAAAGACAAGGCAGACUGCUUUAUUUACAGCCACCCAGACUAAGCAGGUUGAGGAUUUUGCAAACUUGUCAUUUAAGGAAAAGCCAGUAUAUGUUGGUGUUGAUGAUGGAAGGUCAAAGGUCACUGUCGAAGGGCUGCAGCAGGGUUAUUGCGUUGUGCCUAGCAAUAAAAGGUUCCUGGUCUUGUAUGCUUUUCUCAAAAGGAAUCUUUCAAAGAAGAUAAUGGUCUUCUUCUCCUCAUGCAAUUCAGUCAAGUACCACUCAGAGCUUCUCAGGUAUAUACGAGUUGAUUGUCUUGAUAUCCACGGAAAACAGAAGCAGCAGAAACGUACUAGUACGUUUUUUGAGUUCUGCAAAGCUGAAAAGGGUAUACUGCUCUGCACUGAUGUUGCUGCCCGCGGUCUCGAUAUUCCUGCUGUGGACUGGAUUGUGCAAUAUGAUCCUCCUGAUGAGCCAAAGGAAUACAUUCACAGAGUUGGUCGGACAGCUCGAGGGGAAGGCAGUAAGGGGAAUGCUUUGCUUUUCUUAUUGCCUGAAGAGUUACAAUUUCUAAUCUAUUUGAAGGAAGCAAAGGUUCCUGUCAAAGAGUACGAGUUCAACGCAAAGAAGGUGCCAAAUCUGCAAUCUCAUCUGGAGAAAAUAGUCGGGGAAAACUAUUUUCUGCAACAAUCGGCUAGGGACGCGUAUAGAUCCUACAUCUUGGCCUACAAUUCACACUCUAUGAAGAAUGUUUUUAACGUUCACCAACUUAAUCUCAAGGACGUUGCUGCUUCCUUCUGCUUUACCACGCCGCCAAAGGUGAACUUGGACUUGGAAAGCAGCGCCUCCAAGUUCAGGAAGAAGAUGCGCAGAACCGAUGGCGGUCGACACGGCAUCAGCUCAAGUAAUCCUUACGGAAGACAAUCGACCGACGAUACAAGACAAUUUGUGCGGCACUAAGGUGCAAGGGAACCAAUGAAGAGUCAGCACAGAAUCAGCUCAAGUAGCCCAUGCAGAAUGAAGAAGGUACAAGACAAUUUGUGUUGCAUGAUAGUUGGGUGUCCAAAAUGGCAGUGCCCAAGAUGUAUUGUAUUGUUAGAGGACGGGUUCUGACGGAUUCCAAUUUUGUUGCUUUGUAUUUAACAAAACAUGUAGUUACUUAAAUCGAUGAAGACAAAAGCAUCAUUAUCAUUGUAAGGUUGUCCAAAGAAGGGCACACGAGGCUGAGACACUAGUAUUUAUUUCA